AUGAACGUACAAUGGAUCAGAUGGGAUUAUGAUCAACUGGGUAUUGUAGCAACUGUUGAAUUAUCAGAGCCAACAGAAAACAAUGUUGCGUGGCAAAGAUUUCUACCAAAUGGUCCAGUAGCUUUAUUACCAUUAACAGAUUCCUUGAGCUCUGUUGUUUGGUCUAUCAAUACCAGUGAAGCAAAAAGACUGUUGAAGGUCUCUGAAGAAGAAUUUGUUGAUGCUUUAAAUGAUGCAUUAUGGAAAGUUUAUCCAAGGAAUGGUGUUGUUGAAAGUGGUAUGAAAGCAUUGCAACAAUUGCUUGAACAAUUCUCACUACAGACUGGAGUUUCGAGACAGCUUCAACCUUCAGUUUCUAAAAUAAUCGAAGGAUCACGAGCUGCUUUUCCUUUAGGGUUUGGCCAUGCUGCGUCUUAUGUUGCAAAUGGAGUUGUUUUAAUAGGCGAUGCAGCCCACAGAGUUCAUCCAUUAGCUGGUCAAGGUGUAAAUCUUGGUUUUGGAGAUAUUACGACUUUAGUGAAAGUUUUAAAUAAUGCUGUAAGAGAUGGAGCAAUGCUAGGAGAUACUCAGUAUUUAAAGAAAUAUGAAACAUCAAGACAAAGACAUAAUGUGCCCACCAUGCUUGCAAUAGAUGCUUUACAUAGAUUAUACAAAGGAACGGCAGCACCAAUUGUAUUAGCGAGGAGUUUAGGAUUACAACUAAUAAAUGCACUUGGCCCUGUAAAGAAAUUUCUCAUCGAUCAUGCUGAAGACACACGUACAGCUCGAUAG